CUCCAGGUUUGUUGUGUGCCCAUGCAGAACUUUCUACCCGCAGAAAACUUCGCAGCAACAUGGUGUGGGACCUUUGCGUGCAGCGCCAAACAAGGCUGAUGCCUUGACCUUGGCACGACGUCAGCUGAAACUUGCCGUGGACCAGCAAGAAAUGGCAGUGGAAGACUUGCAAACUGCCAGGCAAACAGGAGAUGAGCGGAAAAUCAGGGAGGCGAAGGAGGACGUGAAAGAGGCGGAGGAGAAGGUGCAGAAGGCGGAGGAGAAGGUGCAGAAGGCGGAGGAAAAGGUGCAGAAGGCGAAGGAGGAAGUCCAGGAGAAGGUGGACAGGGAUGCAACAGCCUUUGCCAAUGAAUUGGCAUCGAUCGGGCAGCCAGAAGGUUUGGACGCUGGCGUGCAACUCUUCAAGCUCAACCGGUCCUUGACAGCAGACUAUCGUAUGAGUGGCACAGCGAUGCUUUCAAGGAAGACGAUUCGAGUGGCUUGGGAUGCAGCCUUCGAGGAGAUGGAGCAGGGUCAUGCCUUGAGGGUUGCAAUGGUGGGCAUGCCAGGCAUUGGCAAGUCCCGCUCCCUUACCUAUGGCCUGUGGCGGCUGAUGACAAGAGAGGUGCCUCCUGUAGUCGUCUUCGAAGCACGGCGUGGACAGAAGGUGUUCAUCUUCACUUGGCAAAAUAACCAGUGGGUCGUCCGCAGCGUUGCCAUCAACAACUGGAUACCCGCGAAUUGCAAGUACUUGCAGGAUGAGAGGAAUUUCUACCUCAUCGAUGCAUUUGCGCCUGAGCAGUGGGAUGCAAUUUUGCCUGCCAAGACCAUCAAGGCAUGCAGUCCGGACCGGAAGCAUCACUCGGGCUUUGUCAAAGAUGGUGGCAUUUACGUUUAUGUGGAGGCUUGGUCAGAAGCAGAGGUGGAAGCAGCUCAUCCCUACAUUGAUGGCGCCCCAAAGCUUUCUGAAAUGCUGAGGAGGUUCGAGCAAGUGGGUGGCAACCUUCGUGUGUUACUGUCCAAUGUCAUGGAAUACGACAAGUAUGUGCUACUGCAAAGGGAAGACCCAAAGAAUUUGCGCGCCGUGGAACGAGCAGUGCGGGGAGAUUUGGACACUCAAGGAGGGCAGAUGCUGACCAG